AUGGCAGCCGUCCGCCCAAAAGGCCCCCGACUCGCCAGCAAAUUGACUGCCGGCACCAACGACAGCAGACACAAGACAGCAGACCACGCGCACACUCGUCUGUCUGAAGCCACUGGCCCGCCGCCAAUCACCGCCGCCCAUGGCUCCCUCAGCCGCCUACACACCGAGCACCCCGACCAGGAUGCCCACCGGCCCAAGCACUUCUCAAACUUGAGCGGACGCAGCCUCGAGGGCCCUCGGCCUGCUGGUGGAGGCGAUCGUGGAGACCAAGCGCCUCUCGCUUCUGCAGGAACCGUGCUAGCUCUCCAAGAAGAGGCGUCCAUGUCGGCCGCUCUGUCCAAGGCGCCUAUGCUAUGGCGCCGAAUGGGCGUCGACCUUGCGACGCUCCAAAUCUCUUCUGCUGCUCUUCUACCCCCAGCUGUUCCUUCUGACUGA